AUGCAGCUGACCGUGGAGCUGAGCCCACUCUCCGCGCUGUGGGCCCAGGGGACCCAGGUGGCCCCUUCGCCAGCCAAGAAGAGCUCAGAGCCACCCACAGCCGCAGCCAUGCAGUGCCUCCUGCUCACCCUGGGCAUGGCCCUGGUCUGUAGCAUCCAGGCCAGUGACAUCCCUCAGACCGAGCAGGACCUGGAGGUCCCAAAGGUCCUGGCUGGCUGGCUGCCUCUCUGUCCACCUGGCUGUGUGCCCCGCCUUGGAGGCCUCAUUCAGGCUGAUGCCCAGCAACCUGGCUGGGCUGGGCGAGCUGUGUCCCUGGGUCCCUUCCCGGAGUGCAGCCUCUGGCCCCGCACUGGGUUCACAAACACCCCCACCGCUGUGCAGCUUCUCAGGGAACACCACAAAUGCGCUGAGAGGGCCAUCCUCGCCCAGAAGACUGAGGACCCAGCUGUGUUCAGGGCAGACUCCAGGACCCUGGGGGCAGACGACAAGGUCAUGGAGGAAUUCAUCCACUUUCUCAAGACCCUGCCCGUGCACAUGCGGAUCUUCCCAGACGUGACCCAGGCAGAAGAGCGGUGCCGCAUCUAGGAGAGCUCCUGCCCAGUCCUGCCUCCUGGGUCCCAGAGCCUCGGCCCAGUGCAGAGAGAGGGGACAUCACCUUUCUGGGAGGGACAUGGAGGCUGAAGACCAAGGCACCAAGGUUUUGUGGGACCCUGGGACCUCCUGGGCCUCAG